AUGGCUGUUUUGCGUGGGCUGCAACUCAGUUUUGAAGCUGGUUUUAGAGAGCUGGUGGUUGAAUCAGACUCAACUAUUCUCAUGAAUGCUCUAAAUUCUAAGGACUAUGACUGCUUGUUCUUUGGCCACCUCAUUGAUGCUAUUUGGAUGGUGGUAAAUUCCAUGGGUGCUGUGAGCUUUUUUCAUGCUAAUAGGUCUUGUAAUUGUGUAGCUCAUACACUUGCUAGGAAUGCUAGAGAGAUGGGCUCUAUGAGUGUUUGGCUUGAAGAGUUUCCUCCCUAUAUUGGCCCUCCUCUUCAAAAGGACCCUUCAGAACGGGAAUCCGUGGUUGUGCGGGCACCGAAGACUUCUUCCUCUGCCGUUUCAAGCAGACCAAACCCUAGUUCAAGAAACGCGGAGACCAGAAACCCCAUGAGAAGGAGUUUCACUGGAAAUCCCUUCAGCAAGCCAUCGAUUAACACAAACGUCCGAGGGUUGAACCCGAAUACUCCUGCUAAUACCCCUUCAGAUACUCCACGAAGAAAUUCCAUGAACCAAGAAAAUAUAGUCAUUUCUUUUCGCGAGGUUGAAGACAAAGAAAAUGGCCAAGACCCAUAUCAAAAGGUUGAAAAAAUUCGAUCACCUGCUGCUACAAAGGAUACAAAGAAUUUUAUGUCUCCAACAAUCUCUGCAGCCUCAAAAUUCAACUCCUCUCCAAAAAAGAAAAUAUUGGUUGAAAGAAAUGAACCGGCACAAACUUCUUUUUCGCUUUCUGAUGCAAACAAUCAUCUAAUGGAAGCUGCAGAUCAACAGCCAGAGAGGGUUCCAAUUCAGAAGGAAAUUGAGGCCUCAUUUGUCUCUACCAUCACUGAUGAGAAGUUCAAGGAAGCUAUGAAAUGUGAGACAUUUACUGAUAUUAAGAUUCCUUUGGUUUACAAGAAUGAAUUAGAAUCAUCAAUGGAGGCUGUUACAGGUGAAGCUGAUCUUGUUAAUGUUGACCCAAGUUUCAAGAUUAGCCCUAGGCCUUCUUGUGCUUGUUUAGCACCUCUUGAUGCUGAUCCACGGAUGCCUCCAUAUGAUCCUAAGAAUAAUUACUUGUCACCAAGGCCCCAGUUUCUUCAUUAUAAACCCAACCCGCGAAUAAAGCUUUUUCUUAAGGGGAAGGAAGCCAAGCAACUUGAGGAGAGUUUUGCACCUGAAAGUUCCUCAGAUACAGAAGUUACUGAAGAAACGGUGUCUGAGAAUUCAAAGAAAGAGCCUGAAAACAUUUCAUCAAAUGAUAGUAUUAAAGAAGAGGAGGAGAACAUGGAAGAUGAUGAAGAGCCGGAUAAAACUGGACUAGAGUCCAUUGGUACUACUAACAUGCGUAAGGGGGUUGUUGAAACAAAAGGGGUAUCCAAGCCAUGCUUCUUUUCAAGAUCAAAGUUUGUUGCUUCUCUUUUGUUCAUGGUAGUUGCUUAUUUUGUGUUCUUAGCUAUUGAUUCACCGGUUAAGCAUCGUUCAAUGUUUAAAGAAUUACGUUUCUCUAAGAUGCAUGCCCCACCUGAAAUCGCUGAAAUUGCAAAAGCCAACCUUGAUCGGCUAGAUCACAAUUUAAGGCUAUGGUCAUCAAACUCUUAUAUUUCUGAGCUGAUUCUAACUUUAAGAGACAUGCACAGAGAAGGUCCUUCUCAGUUUAGUAAUUUUACUGGUUUGAUUAAGGAUCAUUUGCUGGAUUUUUAUCAACUGUUUGAUUGGUUAGCUCACAAUUUAAGGCUAUGGUCAGCAAACUUUUAUAUUUCGGAGACGAUUUUAACUUUAAGAGGUAUGCACAUAGAAAGUCCUUCUCAGUUUAGUAAUUUGACUUGUUUGAUUGAGGAUCAUUUACUGGAUUGGUAUCAGCUGUUUGAUCAUAAGGGUUUAGAAAUAGAAAAGAAGAACGAACCUAUUCAGGUGAAGCCUAAAAUUGAGAAUGCAGCUGAAAAUUUGAUGUUGGAAGAAGAGUAUGAAGAUCUGGAUUAUGAUGAUGAUGACUAUGAAUUACAAGCAGACCAAGGAAAGAAUAUACAAGACACCAUAGAAAUUGAAGAUUCAGAUCAUGAAGAUGAGGAGGGCUGCAAAGAAAUCAGCUUAGAUAAUAUCUUGGCUAAACACAUAGAACCAAAAUUUGAAGUAGUCGAUAUCACAGCACUGGUUGUAGUAAUUGAGCAAUAUGUUUCGACAGAAGAGCAGACCGAAGAAAGAGUUGACACUCCUGCUAGGGAGAUGCAAAGCAAUAUAAACCUUGAAGAUAAUGCCAUCAGAGUGGAGGAUGGUCAUGUUAAUUCAGAAACUGAUGUUUGGAUGGAGACUCCACAAACUUCAGAAAAAGUGGAUUUGACUAAUAUGUUAAGAUACAAAUUCUUAUUAUUUGACUCGUUGGGAUAUAUUUUGUUGCUUCUGAGCCUAGUUACUGCAAAAGUUUUCUUGUACAGAAUGAAAGACGCAUUGCGUUCACCAAAUGCUGAAAUUCGAGUAGGUCAUGCAUCGGUGCCUAACAAAAUGGUUGAUGAUCCGAAGUUGGUUAAUAUGGAGUACAACUUCCAGGAGAUACCUUCAAGGAGUUGGCAUACAGAAGUUGAAACCAUGGGAGAGGCAUGCCCCUCGAAAAUGAGCAGCUUCCAGAAAUGUUCAUCUUAUAACAAUUUGAGUUCGAGGUUAAAUGAAACUCAAAGCAACGAAAAAAGGCCUAAAAGAAGCUACAGGAGAGAGUCUCUCGCUUCAUCUGAUUACUCUAUGGGUUCACCUUCUUAUGGUAGUUUCACCACUUAUAAGAAGAUUCCCUGCAAGAAUGGAGAUGGAGAGAAAGAAGAGAUUGUCACACCAGUUAGGUGCUCAAGUAGGCUUAGGAAAAAAUUCACUUCUCCGUUACCAUAUAUUGUGCAGUUGGCUCAUUAUGUGAAUGAAUCACCAGUUAUUUUCUGGCUUAGAUUAGCCUUGACAGAUUGUAAGUUGGGCAGUGCUUCUGGGGUGCAUCUGAUCAAUUUUCUAGUGUUUACUAGUUUAGACUUGAUUUUAUGAUUCUAUCUCAUCCUGAUUUAUAGU